UUGAGCUUGUUGAGGCCUACUGGACAAUGAUUGAGCUUGUUGAGGCCUACUGGACAAUGAUUGAGCUUGUUGAGGCCUACUGGACAAUGAUUGAGCUUGUUGAGGCCUACUGGACAAUGAUUGAGCUUGUUGAGGCCUACUGGACAGCGGGUUCAUUAAGUGUGAACGCGCCCCCAGUGUUUGGGUUCAUCCUGUGUGUAUCAAUUCAGUCUUAAGUAAUAUUAUUCUUUAUAUAAAUGAUCAGAAGAGAUAGCUACUGUAAUUAAAGAUGGCAAGUGAUAGUUACAGUUCAGAUGAUGAGACUCUACUGUCCCAAGCUUUACCAACAACAAAAGUUCCAAACAACUUUGAUCCCUCAGUGCCACCAGCCUCUGCUGAGGAAUAUCUUCAACAUGUGGUUUGGGAGGCCAGACAGUGCCAGGACGUUGUAACAGUUGAUGUGGAUAGGCAGAAACUCAAGAAGCCUGGGACACUUGUUAAGAAGGAAGUUAAGGUAACGGCCCCACACGGUUAUGCACCAUCCCCAGAGACCCAACAGGAAUUGCUGACAUCAUUUUCCAAUCUUCGAACUCAUAUUGCAAAUCUACGAUCAUCAAAACAGAUACCUCCAUCUCCUGUCCGUUUUCCAAGUCUAAAAAAUCGUGAAGAAUGGUGUAAACUGUGCUUUGGCAACAGCUUCCAGUUGGCCCUAUUGAAGCAGGCCAACAGUGAUGCUGCCCAGCCUCCCCUGGUGGAGGGUCAGCAGCCACUUUUGAGCAUUGUUCUAAAUAUUAAACAGAGAGGACUUCGCAAUCUGCUGGAGUGGCACGCCCAGUGGUUGGAGGUAUUGGGGUUCUCGGAGGCCCAGGGAUGCUGGUUUUAUGCUCUUCUUGCCUGUCUAGAGAAGCCUCUCACACCAGAAAGCUGUUCCCAAAUCCGACACAUUGCCAGGAUAUGUGCAAAGCUCCGAUCAUCUUUAGAAUCUUCAGAUCAUCCACAUUUGCCACACCUCAACGUGAUCAUCUGUAUCGUGGCCAGAUACUUCAACCAGGAGGAUCUUGCCGAUGGAUAACUAUUAGAAGAUGAUACUCGUCUGUUUUUGUUCUGUACAGUACUACAUGACACUAUCUUUACAUCUUAAAUACUGUAUUAGGCAAAAUUUGGGUUGACCCAUCCCAUAGAAUAUUAGGUCAUUGGUCAAUAAUUAGUCUUGGUAAGUAAUCAGUGUUUAGAGAUGAAAAAGACAGGUUUAUAAGUUAUGACUGAUCCUUCAUUGCAGAACAGAACAUUUCAACCAUUAAUGCCUGUAGCUCCCAGCCUUGAUCACUGGACCAUUAACCUCUUCACUACUGGGCACCACAUUUAUUCAGCAGUGAGAGGCCCUGUACACAAGGGGUUAUAACAUAAAUGACUUGAUUUAAUCCAUUAACAUCAUUUAAAAAUUUUUUUUAUCAAAUAAAGUAUUUACAUUUCAAAUUAAAAAAUCAAAGCACAAUUAUUUCAGUUGCCAUGCAUCAUGUCACGUUGGCCAAGAGAGUAUUGAUGUGGCAACAUUUAUAGACAAAAACAUGAAACUAAAACAAAACAAAAUUUGAUGCUCCAGACACCUGCUGGUUCAUGAUUUAGCUUUAAGAAAACAUGCAGUACAGUACAUUACAUUACAGUACAAGACAUUUAUAAAUACUGUAUUUCCUUAAAGUUUGUGGGGUUAGGUAAAAUGGGCCCCGUGAGAAAGCAAAAUUCGUGAGUUUUUCUUCCCGGUUCUCAUAGUGUGCAAAAUACAGUACAUAUAGUAUAAAUAGCUACUGCACAAGUAUAGCAACCUUAUGUACACAUAUCCUUUAAACUACAGUACGGGGGUUUAAACAGUGCAGCCGUCACCUCUCCACGGUUUACACUAUGGGUUGAAUGGGGUGCAAGGGAGAUUGUGUACUGCGUCUGACAGCUUCUACUAUACUGGCUGUGAGGGUCUCUACUGUCCCCUGCGCCUGCCUUAGGGAGGGAGAGAGUAAUGCAUGGUGCAAUUGUUAUAUGUAAGGAAAUUAUAAAAGUUGUGUAAAAAUCAUUUUAUUACUCUAAUGUGACUUAGAAAUAAAGAAAAUAUAAUAUAUGCGGAAAAGAUUCCUUAAUAUGUGCUCCUCAACACCUGGUGUUUAUCUCGCCUCCAGUGUGUGUCCCCUCCACAGGGAUGUUAUCAGUUGAAAAACAUUUAGGGGAGGGGGGAUGACCAUGACGCGAGAAAAAUGUUUGACAACAAAUAACGACAAUUGACCGUCUUGGGUGGAGGGGUCUGCCGGGUGAGAACAAUGAGCCAGUAUAUUGAGUAUAGUGGCCACACUACACAUGCUCAGGCAUUACAUCAUAUACUCUGUUUCUCAUUGGCUGAGAAUUGUUUGUCUUGCAUUCCAUUCUUCCAUUCUUUAGCAUUUCAUUGACCAAAGAUCAAUGAUGUCAUACAACUCCAUUAUUAGAAGCAUUAUAAUAUGUCUCUCCACCCUGUACACUUGAGUGGUGGCAGGGGAUGGGCUAAGCAUUUUUCAAUAUAAUUAAGUUUCUAUAAUAAUUUUACACUGAUAAUCACAAUUUAUUCUAUAACCCAUGCCAUAUUUCAUAGUUGUAUAGGCCUCAGUAGGGCAUGUGUGUGUGUGUGUGUGUGUCCCCCAGGAUGUCAGGGCUGUAGGGCAUAUGUGUAUGUGUCCCCCAGGAGGGGGACUAUGAUGUGUUGGAACAUAAAACUCUCCAGCAGUAGGUAUAGAAGCAUGUUAAAGCAGAAGAGGUUGUAGCAGGAAGAAAAUAAGAGGAAAUUUUUGUUCAAGAAACAGUUAGAAUCAAAGAAAACAGAUUGAGGAAAUGGCUGAAAAAUCAAGGAAGAGCAGAGAGGCCUUCCAGCAACAAAAACAGAAGCAUUUUCUCUCCCUGAAAAACUAACUGAUGGGAAAGAAAACUAAAUGUUUUGUUUGUAUAUAUCAUGGAAAGUGCAUAUUUUUCUUAUUUUAGUACUACAUACCAGUAUGUUAUUGAAACUCCAGUUGCUGGUGCAUUAGAGAUAAAUCCCUUUGGUAAGUAUUAAAUUUUGAAUUCUCACACAAUACAGUGCAAAAACAGCUUACCUUUUAGUUUAUCUUCUCUCAUUAAGGUGCACAAUUAAAAAUAUUAAACAACUUCAACUUUAGUAACAACUAAAAUUUGUAAAGGAAUUAUUAAGACUAUGCAUGAAAAAUAUUGUUACGAUAAACAUACGUGUUUGGUUUUGGGUACUGUGUAUUUUAACUAUUAGGCACUUACUAAACGAGUAACAAUGUGAGAAAUUAAGUUAAAUAGGGUAAAAACUCUCCGGGUAGAUAUUUCCCCGGACCCAUCAGUUAAAUUAAUUUUUUUUCCCACGACCCAAUCACAUCCCUGUGUCUUCAACAUCACGUACACACACCCCAACAUUUAUUAUUAUAUAUUCUUGUAUGAGAAUUUAUAAUUUUUGUAUAAAAUAAUCUCGUAUAAAAUAUUAAUACGGUACAGUACUAAUACAGUAUAGAAAAAAUACAAUAUAUAAUCCGUAAUUUGAAUAAAAAUUAAAUGACGAGCUGAAUAACAAGGUAAAAAUAUGUAUUUUACUGUACUGUAUAUGAAGGGUACUGGUAUUAAUAAGCUCAUAUUAUUACUAUAUCUCUUAAUAAACAUUUUAAAGUUAAACAA